UUUAAAGAUGCUCAACUGUUUCCUCCACUUCACGGAUAUUCACUCAGAAUAUAUUCCCUCGUCAUUACACAAAAUCAUGAACCACUGAAAAACCGUUUCUCCACCGCCUGAACACAGCCAGAAAAACCACCACAUUCUCAGCCGCCGUUAGAAGCAGCAAUCACCAGUCACUUCCCCUGUUUUCAUUACACCUCUUCUUCUCCACCAGUUAAUUUCCACCUCCAAAAAAACCCUCACUCCACUCACCUGACAACCCUAUUCUCCGGUAAUUUUCAUCUCCAGCGGCUCUCGUUGACAUUUCCACAAACACCUACAUUACAUCCAUUUUACAGCAUCAGGACAAUACACUAGGCCCUUCCCACGGAGAAUCACUUUCCUUCGUUGUUCUUCUUAGAGAAAAUUCAAGCAAUCACCACUUCACAGGUAGAAAAUCUUUCACAGCAACGUACGCCCUUUUCACUAUUGGCCAUCCUUCAAUCUCUCAAUCAGAUUCUCUUCUCCAAUUUUGAUAUCCCAAUACAGUCCAUACGCCUAAAUAUCGACUGACGUACUCACAAACAUCGCCUAGACAAUAUCUUGCAUUAGUUACUCCAUUUCAUCAACAAAAAAGGGGUUGGUCACUCAUUACCGGCGGGAUUUCCGGUCAGGCUCGCGGUCAUAGUUCGAAUUCCUGUCAAGUUCCGGUACAACGCCAGAUUUCAAGAGUUUAAAAGGUGCUUCCAUUUUUAAGGCUCAUUUUUUUUUUGAUUUGCACCGGAUGUCCGAGUCUCUUCGAGCCCCGACUAAUCCGGGGGUGCACAGGCCCUCGGCAAGGAGUUUCCCGCAAGUGCACCACGGUUAAUCAUAAUAUGCAGGCUCAUUAUCUCUCAUGCAGACUCGAUAUACCGUAGAUUUUCAGGAGAUCCGGCGACUAGGGAAAGGUGGAUUCGGACGAGUUUAUGAAUGCAAGCAUAAGCUAGACGAGUCAACAUAUGCUGUGAAAAAGAUACCUUUUCCUGAUCAAGAACAUGCAGAAUAUCUAAGAGAGGUGAAAAUUUUGGCAGCUCUUCAGCAUCCAAGUGUCAUCCGCUAUUAUCAGUGUUGGAUUGAACUUGGUGUUUCCGAUGUGGGAUCAUCAUCAGAUGAAGAUGAGAUGAUGAGCGAGGCAACACAUACUUUGUUUGUUGCUAUGGAACUGUGCACAAGCACCCUUCAUGCUAGACUGGAAGCAAAGAUAGAGAAGGUGCCUGUGUUCCGCUAUCUCAAAGAGCUGCUGGAGGGGUUGCAAUUCAUCCAUGAAAAGGGAGUUAUUCAUGGAGAUUUGUCUCGAGACAAUAUCUUCCUGGAUGAUCAUGAUCAUAUUAAAAUAGGAGAUUUUGGCUUGGCUCGUAACACCGGAGAUGACUCAAUUCCUAUUGGGGAUGGAUUGGGUAAUAUGAUGUAUCGAGCCCCUGAGUUGUCUAUUGAUCCUCGUUUAAUUAGCACAAAAUCCGACAUGUUUUCUCUCGGAUUAGUGCUUUUUGAGUUGUCAUGUCCAUUAGCAACUGGAUAUGAAAGAGCCAGGCAAUGUGAAAUUCCAGAAGAAACGGUAGAUGAAACUUCCAGAGAAAUAAUUUGUCAGCUCUUGAAGAAGGAUCCACAGCAGCGUCCUUCAGCAGCUCAGUUGCUUCAUCGUUACUUCCCGUAGUUUUAGAACCUAAGAAAAGGACAUCCGUGCAGGUUCAAAGGGACUACUAUAUUAGCCUGUUAGAUAUUGUUGAACCUUCUCUCUGUAUAUAUAACCAUUGGGCUACUCUAAUCUUCUAAAAGAAAAGUUUCUAGGCAAAGGAGAAAAUGGCAAAAAAGAUUACACUCUGUAGCAAAUUUUUAGUUUCUUUAAAUAAUUUUUGUUCUUUUACAUGGUCUGUAAUAGUACAUUUUUGUCAUGUUAUUUCUUCAUUGCCCUUCUCACUAAUGAAUUAAUGACUCUACCCGAGAA